GAGGAAUCCGAAACGAUAAGAGUUUCAAAAGGAAAGACUACCUUGUCUACGGAGGCUUUGAAGAGAACCAAUGCCGCAAGGACCAGUGUUGGCAUCCUACCAAAGGCAGAAGUACCUGAACCUCCAUUGAAGAGCUCGAGCGACCAAGAUUUCCGCGGAGGAGAGGGGAAAUCUCAAGUACAAUCACAAAACUUUAUGUCUUGGUUUACUGAAAAGAACUAUAUAAACACCAUCAUUAUCGCAUCGGGCAUUUUGGUCGUGAUGGUGAUAGCAACUGUAUGCAUCAUUGGUUACUUUGUCGAGAAAAACAACAGGAAACGAAAGGAGAUGUAUAAAGAACAAAUGGAAAAGGAAGAGGAAAAACGGAGAAGAAGGAAGAGAAAAAGUCACGCAAGUUCGAAGAGGCACAAAGAUUCUGAACACGAUGAGCCGCAACUAAUGGCAAAGAAAUCUGCUGUCUCUCCUCGUCCUGAUCCGGUUAAAAAGGCUGUCGCUGAUUAUCUGGAAGCUCAACUACAGACGUGCCGCUUAGCGGUAGAUCCGGAGAAGGCGGGAGGUGAUGUGGGAGCGUUCCAACCUCAAAAUGACGACUACUUUGGAAACGCUUCGACUCCCCAGCAGGCAGCACAGACUCCGUGGUAG